GGCGAGCUCCCUGCCCGCGGCGGGGCCCCGAACUACAAACCGGGGCCUGCCGGGAGGAAGCGGAGGGCCGCCCCACAGGAAGCGGGGUACGGCGGCGCCGCCGUAGCGUUGCGGUGGUGUCGCCCGCGCCGCCCCUGAGUCACCGCAGCGGCCUGCGCGGGCGGGCCGAGCCGCGGGGUGCCGGGCCGGCACCUCCCCUGCCCUGCCCUGCCCUGCCUUGCACUGCCGUGCCGCGCCGCCGGCAGCGCUCACCGCUGGGGAAGCAAGCGGCAGCACCGGCGCCCGCCUGGACGUGAGCGGAACCGUGCGUGAGGGGGCGGCCGGGCCGUGCGGUUGCGGGGGCGGCGCGCUUUGCCCGCCGGGGCGAGCCGCCCGCUUGUGCUGCCGGUAACUGUCUGUAAUGCUGUUGCGGGGGGCUGCCCACGGAGAGAGCGGGUCCUGUUCAAGUGUUUUCUCGGAGUGAGGGUUAAGAAACCCGGUUUUGACGCAGGGGUCUUAUUUCUGUUAGCUCCGUUUUGAGGAGGUGUUCUCUACAGGGGAUACUGUACAUUUUUGAAGAGGCCCGCUCUGCGUUGCAGUCUCAACUUAAUUUGCAAAACCGAUCAUCGCUUUCUUACUGGAAAGUGCCACGAUGCGAAUUGUAAAGACUUUAUUUAGACAGUUAUUUUAAUUAGGGAAUAUCUAAUAAUACCAUCCUUGUGCAUCAUUACAGUCUACCGUAUGCAACUGAGUAAACACAAGAAUGCAUGGCAAGCCGGGAAGUGUCAUUACCACACAGAACAUUUCUAUUUUCAUCCUAAGUAGGCUUUUAAAUUUUAGCCAAUUAAUCGUUACAAUAGUGUUGGUAAGUAUUGUUGUGACCAGGUUGCAAUUGAGGAAAGAGAAUCUAAGGUUCAACUUUUUAAAAGCUCAUAUGACCAAGAUACGGUGGACCUCAGAAAUGCUGAGUAGCCACUGCUAAUUAUUUUUAGAAGUUAGGCACGAUUGCUUACACCUAUAAAAUGAAGCAACCAAACCAAGCGAUUAGCUUCUGGAAAUAGUUUUGCUGACCUCUCUAGCCUCACAAAAUAAGGCAGUGGUAAAAUUGGGAUGCAGAUUUGGGAAGACUGUAUGUGUGGACAUAUUCAGGUUGGCAUACACACAAAAUGGCAAGUCUGUACUUUUAAGAACCAAGUUUUUAUAACCUAAACAAACCACUCUUAGGAACUUUCAAUUAUUCAACGAGAUCAACAAAUUCUUGUUCUCUAAGCUUUCAUAGUACCAUUCCUAAAUGAAAAAUAAGAACUCCCUUUCCUUGUUCAACUAGUUUUAAAAGAACAAAAAUCCUUCCAGCAACCUAGAGUCCGUAACAGACACAGGUUUCUUAAGCUGCUGUCCUUCAUCUUGUGCAGGACAUCUUGUGCUUACGCUCAUAUUUGCUUUCCCUUCUGCUAAACCAGAUGGGAGAACAAAAUUCUGUGUCUUAAACUUCUAACACAACUGGUGAGCUUAGUGGAAGGAGAGCAUGAAGGGGAUGAGCCAGAAAAGGAAAUUAUUUAUUGGGACUACUUGCCUGACUGUGGUAACCAAAUGUGUAUUUUAUUGGUGCCUGGUGAACAAAGGAACAGACUAUGAGGUUCUGGAGACCUGCUUGUAUCUCUGUAGUUGACCCUAAGGAUGGAUCACAUAGACAUGCAUUGGCACAAAAGCAACAAUUUUACAAGCAGAAAAAUGUGCCAUGCUUUUCUUUCUAUCCAAUUGGUGUAAUAACUUCUUUCUGAAGUGUUCAUUGAAAGGCAGAGAUAAUUAUUCAACUGAGCAAUAGGAAGAGGGAUCGGAUAAUUGCCAUGAAUGCAUACGUACAUCAGUAAUUGAGAGGAACAUUUUCUUGUAAAAGAAUGCUGCGUAGCAUGUGGGGUAACUGUUCAUCUUCAGUCACAGAGCUGCUUUAAUUUCCAACAGAUUCAAAGUUGACACACAACUGUCCUAUAAAAACAAGGGGGGAAAAACAAUCUCGCUUGGCAACAAUGAGGAGGAUCCAGAAAGCCCUGCCUUACACUGAGGCUGCACCCCCAGUUAGCUGAUACAUUGCACCUAGCAUCUGACAUCUCCAGUUCCUGCUGAGGUCAAGGUUUAGCAGACCAGCUGCUGUUGUUGCAUUCCUGCAUUACUCCAUUUGGUAUUUUCACUUCUGUAAGCUUCCAGGAAGAGUUAUGGGAGUCCGCCUACUACGCUUCACUUCUGUGGUGAUCAUUGUCUUGCUUCUUGUGGCAGGUGCUUUAACAGCUUUGCUUCCCAACAUCAAAGAUGACAAAAUGCCCAAUUUGAGAAGGGAACCAAAAACCCAGAGUCAGUCUGCCUUGGAUUCAUUUACUCUUAUUAUGCAAACAUAUAAUAGAACUGACUUACUGCUAAAGCUUUUAAAUCAUUAUCAAGCCAUCCCCCACCUACAUAAAGUAAUUGUUGUGUGGAACAACAUCGGUGAGAAGAUACCAGAGGAAAUGUGGAAUUCCCUGGGGCCUCAUCCUGUCCCUGUUGUCUUUAAAGUUCAAACUGUCAAUCGCAUGAGGAACAGACUCCAGAAUUUCCCUGAGCUGGAAACAAAAGCUGUUUUAAUGAUGGAUGAUGAUACGCUGGUCAGUGCUCACGACCUUGCUUUUGCCUUUUCUGUUUGGCAGCAAUUUCCAGAGCAUAUAGUGGGAUUUGUUCCUAGAAAGCACAUUUCUACUCCUUCGGGUGUAUACAGCUAUGGCAGCUUCGAAUUGCAGAACCCUGGAUUUGGAAAUGGAGAUCAGUAUUCUAUGGUUCUUAUUGGUGCAGCAUUUUUCCAUAGUGGAUAUUUAGAAGAUUUUCAAAGACAGCCAGAAGCUGUUUAUGCCUUAAUAGAUGAAACUCAAAAUUGUGAUGAUAUUGCCAUGAAUUUUCUGGUAGCCAAGCAUACUGGAAAGCCUUCGGGAGUGUUUGUGAAGCCUGUUGAUGUAAGAAAUUUAGAAAAAGACACUAACAGUGGCUAUUCUGGAAUGUGGCACCGAGCAGAGCAUUUGUUACAGAGAUCUUACUGUGUAAAUAAACUGGUUAAUAUUUACGAUGGCAUGCCUUUAAAAUAUUCUAAUAUCAUGAUUUCUCAGUUUGGUUUUCCUAAUUAUGCCAAUCACAAAAAUAAAAUGUAAGCCAAUGAAUUUAAGGGGUUAGAUGUUUAAUAAUACUCGGUAAACUAUACUGAGUUGAAGGAGAGAAGGUGUAAUUACUGCAUCUUGGUCUUAUUUGUAGCCUCUGAAUUUUUCCUGUAUGGCUUUUUAUGUAUUUUUUCCCCCUUUCUUACUAAUUCUCUGAGGUAAGUUUUGAGAAAACUUAAACGAUAUAUACUGACGUUUAACUGUGAUAAAAUAAUCCUCUUUCCUUAAAACCUGAAAAGCUAUUACAGUUAAUUAGGCCAGUUUUUCAGAAACGUGGCAGCAGAAGUGCCCUCCUACCCUUCAGUGCUUAUGUUUUGAUUUUUUUUUAAAAUCUGUGUGUCUAGUCAAAUGAGGUCUAGUUAUGAUAGUUACGUUGAGAUGCUUCCUUGCCUUCUCCCUCCUCUCACCAAGUUCCUGGUGAAACUGGAGAAGGGCUACAGUAAACUGUUGGCCAGGCUUCUCGACUCCUGUACAAAACCCCUUUGAAGUUUGUAUAUAAGCUAUUCUGUAUUCUGAGAUGUUCCUGAAGCUGCUAUGAAAGCAAGCCAGAAAAGAGUAGCUCACCUUCAUCUCACAUAGUCCUAAAACCAUUGCGUACAGUAUCUGCUACUGCUGAGACAGUGGAAAGUGAUCUCUCCUGUGGCUUUUUUUUCUGUUAAUUUGCCUAGAGUUGCUGAAAUGCUGCAAGCAGCUGAAAGGUAAAAGCUAGCAGUUGGAAAUGUAAGAAACAUGAGCACAUGAAAUAUGAAACUUACCUAAGCAGCCAGAAGAAAUGGAUGGGAUAUUACUAACGCUUUCUUCAGUACUUGAUUUUAUUUUGAUACUUUGCAUUGUUAAAUUGUAACAUAAAUUGUAAAAUGUAAAAAUACAUUGUUAAAAAAUGGGCCCAAGAAAAUCCUCACUUUUAAAAAAAGUUUUAUUUACAAUUCCUAAUAAGAGCAAGUUGUUUUACAUGUAUUACAGAGCGUACCUUUUAUAAUAUUACAGGUCUACUGGUUUUUUAACAGCCCUUUCAAAUGAGUAUUUACUUUGUUGUUUCUUUCAUCUCGAUUUUUGGUGGCUAUGACAACAAUUAAAAUGUGCGAUGAAUGAGUAAAAAAAAGUAUUUUAAGGUACAGUGUAUUUGACAAGACUGGACUAUUACCAGUCUUCAAAUUCCCUGGCUUCAUCCAUAGCAAGAAAUAGAGCUAUUGUUAACAGCUUUUGUUAGAUUUUGGGGUGCUAUAGUUCUGGAAACAUUGUUUUAACAUAGACAGGACCAACCUUUUCCAGUGCAGUUACAGAACUUUUGUGGUAUGGAGGAAAGAACAAAAGACAGUGAUUUUCCUGGAUCACAGAGAGGAAUCAAAUGUGGUAUCCAAGGUAGAUAUAGUUUCACCUGCAUCAGCUUUGAAUUGAUUCUUACUAUCAGUUCAUAGUUAUCUAUGGACAAUCAAUAACAGCUAAUACCUAGUACACAAAUAGCAUCUGCACAGAUGGUGUAUAAUUUUGUAAUUUUUUCUAAUAAGUUAGCUGAACAAAAAGUGGUUUACAAAUGUGACAAGUUUUUACAGCAGGGCUGAUUCUGGGUGUCUUUGUGUUUCUUUGGGGGAACAGAAGAUUCUUUUGCCUUGUUCUAUCAGUGUUAAAGGUUUUAGUUUCUGCUCAGUGAAGUCUUCCUGGUACUUUUGUGAGAUUUAAAGGGCAAAAUCUUAACAUGGCAAUGUAAAGUCUGCUUAGUUUUGUUGUUAUAGUGAAAAGUAGAUUUUAAUUAUUGUGCUGUAGUGGUAAGCAAUAUACAAACAGGUCUAUGAUCUUUCCAGAAAUGCAACUUUCUUAGUGGUAGUUUACUGCAUUUCAUUUACUUACUGGUCUGUAAUUUCUGUUCUGUGCAGUAUCAACAAGAAUUGUGAAGACUUCAGAUGUUGUGUACCUUACUUCUAAAAUGUGAAAUGAAUUGUCAACUCAGCCAAAUCGUAGUAUUGGGUUCUUUGUUGGGGGAAGGGGUUGGUUUGGGUUUUGUUCUUCUGUAUCAGUGAAAAAAACAAUAGAACAAACUUUUCUUAUACUGGUGAAUUUAAUUUGUACCAUUGUCAAAAUAUAUAAAACAUAUUUGUGAUGUAUGUA